AAGCCAGCAGCAGCAACUCGCUCCCUUCCCCUUCCACGCUGUGGAAGCUUUGUUCUUUCCUUCAGGCAGGUUGGGGUCUUGCUUUGUCACCCAGGCUGGAGUGCAGUGGCAUGAUCAUAGCUCACUGCAGCCUCGAACUCCUGGGCUCAAGAGAUCCUCUUGCCUCAGCUUCCCAAGGUGUGGGGAUUACAGACUGGUAUUUUUUAUUUAUCUAACUUUAAGCACAGCCUCUACCUCCCCCCGUCGUGACAAACAACGUUUCCCUCUAGACUUCCAAAUAGCUCCAGGAGGACAAAACCCCCUUUUUCGACCCGAAGCUGAAGGAUAUUGAGGUUGCACCACUCAAAACAGAGCAGGAAUACAAAAAUAUCUGAAGAGCUGGUGUUAUCUCAGUGAUAUCCCUUCCUUUUUUUUUUUUAAGCUUCGGUGACACCCUACUCUCCUGGUCUUCUCCCUACCUCCCUAGUCACCCCUCCCAGUCUCCUUUCCUGUACUUAAAUUUCAGAGUACCCCAGGCGUUGGCCUGGGUCUUCCGCUCUCCACUUAAACUUACUCCUUUGAGGUUUUCAUCUGGUUCUCCAGCUUUAAAUAGCAUCUCCAUUGAUAAACUCACAAAAUAAGGCACUUUCAAGUCAAUGGAGGAAAUGAUAGUAUUGGGACAAAGGACUUUCCAUAUACGGGAGAAAAAAAAUCGUUCAUCGCUGUGGGAGGGCUGCCGGGUCUCGUCCGCGCUCCCUUUUGAGCACCUACAGUGAGCGUAGGAUUGCCACGGAUACCCCAAUCCACAAGUGAGUCAAGCUGCCAGGGCUCCGAGAAAGACCCAUGGAGGGAGAGGGGAACGUCCGGGGAGGCGAAGGCUGCGAGUGAGACCCGGAGAGGCUGAUGGCGGGUGUGCGCGCUCGCAACGCGACCCCCACCCGGUCAGCAAGACCUCGGCGCGCGAUCCUCGGAUUCUGCGAAACAAGACAAGCGACUGGGUUCGAGAGCGCGGUCCCCAUCAAAACGAGAAUCAACCAAUCGCUGGGGGAAAUCGGCAGCCUCGUUUUAAGCCACCAAGCAGAGACCGCGGCGACCUAUUAUGAUAACCUCGAGAACCAAUGAAAAACGGGGAUUCUCUCAGCCCGCCUCCCGAGCUUCAACCCCGAAGAGAUCGCGCGGAGUUUUAUAAAAGGUACAAAUUAGAAAAUAAUUCUGCGGCUGGAUUAGAGACAUUGUGUUUUCAAAGACGGUGGGGAGGGCUAGAGAAAAAUCCUAGAAGCUAGCAAGACCGCACUACACCGAAACGUCGCGGGCAACGGGCUCGCCAGUCACCAUCUAGCCCAGGGCCGACGCGAGACGGACGUGCAGCUGCGCGCUGACGUCACGCACGAGGCCCCGCCCCACCAGCCGCCCAUAUAGGGUAAGCCUGGCGCGCGCGCGCGCCAUUGUGUGGCUGGACUCGGCCGCCACUGUGGUGUGAGGCGCGUGUUCGGGCUCUUGCCGUCCCCGCACCCGCACCGCGGCUACUGGCUUGCGGUCCGCCGUUCCACAACCAGCCCUUGGGCCCCCGCCCGCCACGGACAUGCCGCGCGUCUACAUAGGACGCCUGAGCUACAAUGUCCGGGAGAAAGACAUCCAGCGAUUUUUCAGUGGCUACGGCCGCCUCCUCGAAGUAGACCUCAAAAAUGGGUACGGCUUCGUGGAGUUCGAGGACUCCCGCGACGCCGACGACGCCGUUUACGAGCUGAACGGCAAGGAGCUCUGCGGCGAGCGCGUGAUCGUAGAGCACGCCCGGGGUCCGCGUCGCGAUCGCGACGGCUACAGCUACGGAAGCCGCAGUGGUGGAGGUGGAUACAGCAGUCGGAGAACAUCUGGCAGAGACAAAUACGGACCACCUGUUCGUACAGAAUACAGGCUUAUUGUAGAAAAUCUUUCUAGUCGGUGCAGUUGGCAAGAUUUAAAGGAUUUUAUGCGACAAGCAGGUGAAGUAACCUAUGCGGAUGCCCACAAGGAACGAACAAAUGAGGGUGUAAUUGAGUUUCGCUCCUACUCUGACAUGAAGCGUGCUUUGGACAAACUGGAUGGCACAGAAAUAAAUGGCAGAAAUAUUAGGCUUAUUGAAGAUAAGCCACGCACAAGCCAUAGGCGAUCUUAUUCUGGAAGCAGAUCCAGGUCUCGAUCUAGAAGACGGUCACGAAGUAGGAGUCGCAGGAGCAGCCGCAGUAGAUCUCGAAGUAUCUCAAAAAGUCGCUCCCGUUCCAGGUCGCGGAGCAAAGGUCGAUCACGUUCUCGAUCAAAAGGCAGGAAAUCUAGAUCAAAGAGCAAAUCUAAGCCCAAGUCUGAUCGGGGCUCCCAUUCACAUUCUCGAAGCAGAUCUAAGGAUGAGUAUGAGAAAUCUCGAAGCAGGUCUCGGUCCCGAUCCCCCAAAGAAAAUGGAAAGGGUGAUAUAAAGUCAAAAUCCAGAUCAAGGAGCCAGUCCCGUUCCAAUUCGCCGCUACCUGUUCCACCCUCAAAGGCCCGUUCUGUGUCCCCUCCACCAAAAAGAGCUACUUCAAGAUCCCGUUCUAGAUCUCGCUCAAAGUCAAGAUCAAGGUCCAGGUCGAGUUCCAGAGAUUAACUCAGAACUCCUUGUUUGCACACUAUUAUGGAACACUUUCCUACUUAGGCAGUUACUCUUCCAUGUUUAUACUUGGCCUCUUCUGCAAGAGGAAUCUCUUGAAAACAGGGGCACACAGAAAUUUGAUUUGUGGCCAAAUUGGAUGAAAAAGAUGAGGUUCUAAGGAAAUGGUGGCAUGAAGACCCUCUCCCUUCUUUAUAGAAUUAAGAUAACUUUGAUUUUAUAGCUUUUGAGCUAACAUAACUUUUGUAAAGAUUAAGCUCAUUUAGUUUUUUUGUUUUUUGUUUUAAGUAUUUCAGCAGGAUCUGCUGGCAGGGUUUUUUUUGUUUUAUUUGUUUGCUUAUUUUUAAAUUAACUGUUUUGAGCUUUGGAUACUUAAGGCUUUAGAGGGAGAACCCAAUUUUCAAUUAUGUAGGCUUUUUAUAAAGCUUGAGUUAUGUAAGAUUUAAAUAAAAGUUUGCUACCAAGAUGAUUGCCUUAUUGAAUAGGUCACUAUUAAAUUCCUUUAAAUGUUGAUACCUGCCAUUUGUGGAAACAACAUAAAUUCUAAUUAAGUGUAAACAAGGCAAGCCUCAGACCAGCAAUAAAUUAUUCAGUUUGGAUAACAUUAUUUUGUGCGGUUAAUCAAAUUUGCCAAAGUCUUUAUCUGCCCCCUUUAACAAGUUGAGUAAAAAUAAAAGGUAUUUUUUAGUCAAUGUGUUCCAUGAUUUUGCUUAAAUAAAUACUUUCAAGUAAUGGAACUUUUUUCAAAGGCAAAUUUAAACUAUUUAAGAAAUAGCUCCUAAUAACUUGGGAUCUUGGUUAGAUAAUCCACUUUGUGGAAAUCGUCAGUGUAAUUAGUGUUGAGAGUGGUUCAUUUGUCUUUAAUGUUUGUCAUGUGGAAAUGGAAGUAGCCUCUUUUUCAUCUGAAAUUGAGUUUAUUCAAAGUGUAAAAGCACAUGCUGCAUUUUCUGCUGAAAGAUCAUUAUGUUUAACAGGCACUUAAUCUCAGUAAAGUCAAUUGCCAGUUAAGUUCCACCCAGUAGUCAGUCCCCUUUGUAGUUAGUGGGAUUAUUUGAUAAUUGGUUAGAUUAUACUUGUAAAUUUUAAUGCUGUGUAUAAUUGGUUUGAAAAACAGUGAAAUGGGCAAACCCAAAACUUUUGUACUUUAUUACGAGCAAAGUGUAAUGAGUACUGUGGAAACCAAAUUUGAAUACUGCAAAUUUGUAGGAGUUACUAGGUUAGCAAUUAGUCCAUACAUCCAUAAGCCUGAUGAGUUGAAAUUGCAGUUUGAGAAGUGAAUUAACCUUACAUCCCUUUGUUCAGAUACCUUAAAAGUUACUUUAUUUAAAAGCAUUUAUUCAUCUUAGUCUGAAAUCAAAAUAUAGAUUAAUUGGCUGAGCUUUAAUACCUUUCUAGGAGGUGUCACAAUGUAGGGUACCAAGGGUUGGAUUGUGAUGGGGCAUGGUCGUACACUGCUCAUUGUGCCACAGGUGUGACUGGAAAGCAUGAUAUUCUAGGGUUGGUUUGUAGGUUCAAAUAAUCCAGAAAUAUACCUAAUAAGAUUGAGUGAAAAACUUGAGUCAAAUAUCUAGGGCAUUCACAGAGUAGCUGUGAGUUCUUGGUGAUGUGAAAAAGGCCUUGUUUUUCAGAAAUUCCUGGGUUUCCGUUAAAAAAUCUUAAAGCCCAACCUUAGGAAUAUAGUACCCCAAAAUUAUCUUAUUUUGUUUGCUACUUUAUUUAAUUAGAUGUUUAUAAAGAAAUGGGUUUAUUUUUCCAGUAUAAACCUCAGAAUUUAAGGAAAGAAAAUGAUGUCUGUUGUUAUAGUUCAUUGUUUUGCCUACUCAGCAGAAGUGAUGACUCUUAAAAAUUGGCUUUGACCAAAGUUCUCUUGUUUUCAGGGAAAGAACAUAAAAGCUUUUUGAACCACAGCCUUUUUUAAAAGAGGGAUGGGAGGAUAUUACAGUAAGAAAUUAGGCUUUCUAAAAGUAUGAAACAUCCUUCAACUGGGCUCUCUUGUUAAUAGGACAUCAUAUGGUAAUAGACUGGUUUGACUACAUUGUUAGCUGCCACAGUAAGCAGGUCAUUGUAUAGGUAAAUGCCUGCACCCAUAAUUUUCUAGUAAUAGCCACGACCAAUUUAUUAACAGGGCCUAUCCUUGCCUGUAGUUCUAAGUCACUGGAUGCACAAAAUCACUGUGUAACAUUGGCUCACUUGAUGAGCAUAGGGUUGACUGAUAAAUGUUUAGUUCCCUUGCUGACUUGUGAGAAGAAUGAGUCGAUGACAUGCUCCAUACCAGUGGCUAGAUGGAGUAUUAAGGUGGAGCAGAAGAGAAGUGAGAACAUCUUGAUUCCCGUUUCUUUUACUUGAUGGUGUUUAUGAACAUGCCGUAGUGCCUUUAUGGCCAGUUUGAGUCCUGCCUACUUUGACUUUUACGUUCCCAUUCCUGUGUUACCACCUUCCUCCCGAUUUGUUCACCUAUUUUGUGCUUUAAAUCUCAAUAAAAUACUUACUGAGGGAAA